UACCGAGCACCCCUCCCCUUCAGCCCCGUCACAGCACAGAGCCACAGAAGAAGAGGACUGAACAACCAGUGAUACAGCAAAAGACCAAAACGAGGAUUCAGAGGAAUGGAUUAAACCUUUCUGCGCAGAUAUAAAAACCACAGUUGGAUUUACAUCUCUGGACUCUGGAUAGAAAGGUUGCUUGUUUUCAUUUUCUUUCCUUUGAGCUAAAUCGACUCAGUAUAUUAGUCUGUGUUGAGCUAGCCGGUGAUGGAGACUGGCAGCUAGCUAGCUGACGUUACUUCUCUGUUAGGUUAGCAUCUAAUUUAAGGCUAACUCAUACUGCAUUUAUUCUUCUUGUUAAGACAUUACAACAUUUAAAGAGCCUGAAAACAAACACGGCUGUGCUUAACAGAGACAUUAACAGAUAGGUAGUGAGCCGGUAAAUGACACCAUCAGCUGAUAACAGGCUAUCUGUUCAGUAAGCGGACACUGGACUACACUGAGUCUUGUAUGAGAGGCUGUACAUAUUGGCAUAACUUUGCCUGACAUUUGAGUGCAACAUACACUUUGUGAGGAUAUUUAUUUUUGAUCGUGUUGUCUGUUGACCAUAGUAUUUUCAAGACGGCGCCCUUAACGAAUCGCAAGCUUAUUGCAUACUGUCAGAGACCAGCUGCCCCCCGGACUCUCUCCAAAUGCAUCACCCGGACCCUGCAGGAGACUCUGGCAGUAUUAGAAAGAUGGCGCACCCGGCUGUCUUUCACAGAAGGGGUAGCAACACAGGCAGCGGGAGCGGCUCUACAUUGUCCACGCCGGCAAACCCAGCAGUCAAUAACAGCCACGUCCCUGCUGAUGAUUAUCAACCCUCCCUGUUGAUCCAGUGCCAACCCCCUGCUGGUUCAUCCUCCCCUGGUCCCCAUCAUAUUCCACCCCACAGCCUGAAUCUGCUUCCCCAGCCCCAAGCGACGCAGUCCACUGGGGCUCAAAUAAAAAAGAAGAGCGGCUUCCAGAUCACAAGUGUGACUCCGGCGCAGAUAUCUGUGAGUACCAACAACAGUAUUGCAGAAGAUACAGAAAGCUAUGACGACCUUGAUGAGUCUCACACAGAGGAUCUGUCUUCUUCUGAAAUCUUGGAUGUUUCCCUGUCGCGAGCUAAUGACAUGGUGGGUGCAGAUAGAAGCUCGUCAGAGGAGACGCUGAAUAAUUUCCAUGAGGCGGAGACCCCCGGAGCUGUUUCCCCAAACCAGCCUUCACACCCCCAUGCCAUGAACCAGACUCAACACCACAGUCCGAUGGUUAAUGGGACUGUGCACCAUCACCACCAACACCACCAUCAUCCUAACCAUGCACACGUGUACCCACUAUCCUCUGGACCUGGGAGCACCCUGUCUGCCCUAGCGUCAGGAGCUUUACCUUGUGACACCCAGAAAAUGCCUUCUAAUGUGGGGGUUCCUCAAGAGAAUGUUUCCCAUGCUGCCCCUCCAAGUAUAGUCGGCCAGUCUGUGGGGGUUGUGGCCCCAGGAUCUGUCCCUGGAAUGCACAACUCUGCUACAGGCACUACAGUUAGCAUAGUUAAUCCCCAGACCAGCAGUGUUAGUAAUGUGAAUAUGGUGAGCUCUGCCAGCGUGCCUGUGAAAGGGGGGAUCAGUAUGAGUACGAGCAGUAGCAGUGGUGGCUUUCCUCCCCAUGUGAUGAGCAGCAGUGGGGGUAGUGGAGGUGGCGCUGUUGCAGCUGGGAGUAACCUUAUUAGUACUAAUGUCAGCAUUAUCCAGCAACCACAAAACAUCAACUCCAACAUCUCCAUGACUACAAUAACUACUGCUGCUGUUUCUGCUGUCGGCGCCCCUGGAGGGAUGGCAAUCUCCAGUGGGCUCCACGGUAGAGUCGGAUCUGCUGUGCUGCAAUCUGUGAGUGUCCCUGUUGCCACAGCCCCUGUGCCCUCUGCUUCUGCCCAGUCCGCCCCGACUACCGCCCCUGCAGUGGCUACCACCAGUUCUCGCUUCAGGGUGGUGAAGCUGGACUCUAGCUCAGAGCCCUUUAAGAAGGGCAGAUGGACAUGCACCGAAUUCUAUGACAAGGAGACCCCGGCCUCUGCUCCCAGCUCCUCUGCAUCUGAUGCUGGGUCUCUCAGCAUGCGUCACUUUGUCUCUGAGAGCUUUGUCGGGGCCUCGGAGAGGGAAAGCACAAGUGGUAGUUCUGUGAGUAGCACUAUGAGUACAUUGAGCCAUUAUACUGAGAGUGUGUGCAGUGGAGAAGCUGGGGGACCCCAAAUUGCCCAGGAUUAUGUCUCCCCUCCUCAAGGUUUUCAAGGAAUCCUCCCCAGUGGCUUAAGCAUGGGAGGGUCCCAAACCCAACCUCACAUGCACCCGCAGGAUAUCAGCCAUUCACAUGUUAAGACUACUGUUGCCCCCUCGGCUCCCACAAAUGUUAAUCAGCCAGCUCCCAUGCCAGGCCACCAGACCAUACUUGGGCUUUCUACAUCUGCUGUGCACCAGCAGCAGCUCACCUAUGCCCAGGCAGUUGCUAAUCAAUCCACUGGCUCCACACAAGGCCUAGUGGGUGUACAGCAGCAGAAGAUGGGCUAUGUCACUAUGCCACAGCAACCAGCCACUACACCCCAAGCAGCCCCAGUACAAGUGAGGCCAAUUGAGUACACCCAGGCCCACCAAGCUCCUCAUUCUCAGUGUGCAUCAGCUCCCUCUGGACCAGCUGGUGGAGCUUGUCAGAUGAUUGGUGGCCUGCAGCAACAGGCACUCCUUCACACACAGCCCCAGCAGCCCUCCUCCCUUCAGGCCUCCAGCUCUAGUAUGCCAUCUCAAGUUGGCGUACCUGGUCUUGGCCAGCAGCCCCAGAGUCACCCCAGCCAAUUGGAUUGCCAGCAGCAGAAACCGCAGUCACUCCCAACACAAAACCAAAACCUGUCCUUGGGCACCCAGCUGCCUACAACAGUCCACCAGAGCCAAGUGUCUGCAUUGAGUGUUCUCGCUCCCAACCCUCAGAAUGAUCCCCAAGCCCACAACACUGGACUUAAUAGUAGGAUGCCCCCACAGAAUGUUCCCCAUAGCCAACAAUCAUGUGUCAGCUUGUCCCAGGACCCCAACAGUGCCCAGGCCCUGGCUCAUGCUGCCCAGGCUAGUGUCCUCUAUGCUAGUCUGCCCACCUUCACCACAACUCAGCUGCAGGACGCCCAGCGGUUGCUUCUCCAGCACCAGUCAGCUUUAUUGGGGCUGCCCAAGCUGUCCGGAGGGGAAGCGGCAUCUGGUUCCAGCGCUGGGCAGGGUCAAGACGUGGAGGGCAAUGCCACUACCGCCUGUGCCUUAACUGCAUCAGCUGGUCUCAAGGCCGUUGAUGGAGAGGAGGAUGGUUCGUCAGGAGCCAGCGUUGUGGCGAUAGACAACAAGAUUGAACAAGCAAUGGACCUGGUGAAGAGUCACCUGAUGUACGCUGUGCGUGAGGAGGUGGAGGUCCUAAAGGAGCAGAUCAAGGAGCUGAUCGAGCGUAACUCCCAGUUGGAGCAGGAGAAUACCCUGUUGAAGACGCUCGCCAGCCCAGAGCAGAUGGCCCAGUUCCAGGCCCAGGUUCAGACUGGUUCUCCGCCUGCCCCUCCAACAGCGGCUACACCAGGACCAACGAGCUCCGCUACCAUCACCCAGCCUGCACUUCACAGCUCUGGACCUUCGGCGUAGCCUAGUCUUCGCUGACAGACAGACUGACUGACAUUUUCAUUGUUCUGCUACAGCAGCAGAGCUAAACUUGCCUUCUACAGCAAGAUGUUACGCUGUUAAGUCAAGAAUUUUGCACAUAUUUAUCUCUCAGAAGGUUGCAGCUAGUAGGACAAGUGGUGCUCUACAGCACCAUGGAGGGGGAUAAUCUGGCAAUUCAGUAUGGGUGGUUUGUUUGGAAGGAGGACUGAAUUAUCGUAUAUUUGCCAAAUAACCCUUGGACAUAUCAACUAGAAUGUCUUACCAAGAAGAAACAAAACAGCUUAUCAGUGGCGAUAUACUUAACUAUAGAUAAAAAUAUCACUGUGCCUGUGUCUGGAUUUUAAGUGAUGUCGAUUUUACUGAUGCUGGCAAUUGAUGAAUAGGAGGUGGAGGAUUGUAUUAGUUGUUACAUUUUUUGCUGAAUGAUGUAAAUAAAAGUUGUUCUCUCUCAAGGCUAGAUCCUAAAGUUACAUGCUGAGAGAUUUGAGAGAGACACACAAGGCCUUCUCAGAGUGACAAAUGACGAUUGUGAGCAAUUAUUAUCAUGACAAAGUCCCCAUCUGGAAUGGGGGAGUGGGCGGGAGGGUAUUUUGAACAACAUUUGGCAGCAUUGUUACAUUAACUGUGGAAUGAACAAAAAAAACGUGAUUUCUUAUGGAGAUGAUGAUGAUAUUGUAUUUCAGUAUUUCACUUUCAAGCUCCUCAUUUUGCCCUUGACAAAGCUCAUCUUGCUGUUUUCUUAACCCUGCUGUGGCAUGUAAUUUAAACCUUAUUUGCCAGGGUUGAGAUAUUGGGCUACGCUGCAUUUUCUCUUUUCCUACAAGUUUGAUGGGCAAAAGACGAUGUAUAUUUCUGUAUAGUGUAAGUAUCAUGUAAAAUAGUGAGGAAAAGGAAAAACAACAACAGAUGCUAUCUUGGUCACACAGAUUGAAGCGGGUGAGCAAUGAACGUGCUGGUCUUGCACAGUCUGUGUCAUCUAUUUUUAAUGCUGUAUUUUCAAGAUUGUGGAUGGAAAGGAGCUGAGGUUAUUUAACUGACAACACAGACAACCAUGUUGUCGAUAUAUUGCAACAUUAACUCUUACUGUAAAACCAACUUCACGUGGCUCGUUUUCUUUCUGGAGUAUUGCACCUUUCUGAGUUUUUUUUUAAUUUCAUUUUUUUGACAGUGAUGUAUUUCUGGAUGAACAAUAUCUUAAAACUCAACAUUUAAAAAAAACAAAAAAUACAAAUUCCUGAAAUGUUUUUUCUUUUUCAUUCUGUGUAUCAGUUGUAUGCUCACUUUCUGUGCAUGUUUCUGCAAAAAAAAAAAAACCGGAUGAGAUAUUGUAACAUACUUACAACAAUUGCACUCGACAGCUGCACUUCACAACUUUCAAUAAACGUGCUUAAAGGAGAAUAAA